AUGCCUGAGCCUCUGAACUUGCAGGGAGAGAGAGUGAACUUUGACCCAAGACUGCAGACUCAGAGAGCAGGAUCUCCAGUGCCCAGCUGUGUGUCUAUGAAGAGUGACAGAUCCAUGCCUGAGCCUCUGAACUUGCAGGGAGAGAGAGUGAACUUUGACCCAAGACUGCAGACUCAGAGAGCAGGAUCUCCAGUGCCCAGCUGUGUGUCUAUGAAGAGUGACAGAUCCAUGCCUGAGCCUCUGAACUUGCAGGGAGAGAGAGUGAACUUUGACCCAAGACUGCAGACUCAGAGAGCAGGAUCUCCAGUGCCCAGCUGUGUGUCUAUGAAGAGUGACAGAUCCAUGCCUGAGCCUCUGAACUUGCAGGGAGAGAGAGUGAACUUUGACCCAAGUGUAGAGACAGAUCUGACUGAGGAUCAGUCUGGGUGUUGCCAAAAUGUCCAACACAACACGUCCAUGUCUGAGUCAGAUGAUGUCCUACUGAGAAUCAUUGAGGGUCAUAAAACCACCCUGAAAAAUAAGUAUGAGCGCUUAUAUGAAGGUGUCGCACUGAAAGAAAACCAAACCCUCCUCAACAGCAUUUACACAGAGCUCUACAUCACAGAGGGAGAGAGUGAAGGAGUGAAUGAGAAACAUGAGGUUUUACAGAUUGAAACAGCAUCCAGGAAAUGGGUUUCUCAAGACAAACCAAUCAGCUGCAAUGACAUCUUCAAACCCUUGCAAAAGCCAGAAAUCAGAACUGUACUCACCAAGGGCAUAGCUGGAAUUGGAAAAACAGUCUCUGUGCAGAAGUUCAUUCUGGACUGGGCAGAAGGAAGGACCAAUCAGGACAUUGACUUCAUGUUGGUUCUUCCUUUCCGAGAACUGAACUUGGUUAAAGAUGAACAGUUCAGUCUUCAUAGACUCCUGUUAGAGUUUCACCCAGAACUGAAAGACUUGGAUCCAAAGAAAUAUAAUGACUGUAAAAUGCUGUUCAUCUUUGAUGGUUUAGAUGAGAGUCGACUUCAGUUGAAUAUUCCUGAGAUGCUGUGUGAUGUGACCAAAACAUCAUCAGUGAAUAUACUGAUAUCAGACCUCAUUAAAGGAAAUCUUCUUCCCUCUGCACUCAUCUGGAUAACCUCCAGACCAGCAGCAGCCAGUCAGAUCCCCUCUCAGUUCAUCAGUCGUGUGACAGAAGUCCAAGGAUUCAAUGAUUCACAGAAAGAGGAAUACUUUAGAAAAAGAUUCAGUGAUGAGAGUCAAGCCAACAAAAUCAUCUCACACAUCAAGACAUCGGUGAGUCUCCACAUCAUGUGUCACAUCCCAGUGUUCUGUUGGAUUUCAGCCACUGUGCUUCAGGAAAUGCUGCGUCGAGACUAUGUUAAAGAGAUCCCUAAAACUCUGACUGAGAUGUACACACACUUCCUGCUCAUUCAGACUAAAAUGAAGAAGCAGAAAUAUGAGGACAAAGUUGAGACAGACUCAAAGAAUCCUCUGGAAUCAAACAAGGAGAUCUUUCUGAAACUUUCUAAGCUGGCUUUUAAUCAGUUGCUGAGGGGCAAUAUCAUGUUUUAUGAAGAGGAUCUGAGAGAAUGUGGCAUUGAUGUGAGUGAUGCCACAGUGUACUCUGGGAUUUGUACUGAGAUCUUUAAGGAGGAAUCUGUGCUUCGUCAGAAGAAGGUCUACUGCUUUGUGCAUCUGAGUGUUCAAGAGUUCUUGGCUGCUCUCUAUGUGUUUUACUGCUAUGUAAAUGAGACCAUGGAGGCACUGCAAUAUUUUACAAACAAUAUUCCCUUGGAUAUGUUGCUAAAGGGAGCUGUGGAUAAAUCUUUGGAGAGUAAGGAUGGACAUCUCGAUCUGUUUGUCCGCUUCCUUCAUGGCAUCUCACUGGAGUCCAACCAGAAACUCCUACAAGGUCUGCUGACACACACACAGAACAACCAGCGGAGCAUCAAGAAAAUAAGCCGUUACAUCAAAGAGUUAAAUAAAGAUGGUGUCUCACCUGAGAGAUGGAUCAAUCUACUGCACUGCCUGACCGAAAUGAAUGAUCGCUCUCUCCAUGAAGAAAUUCAAGCUUUUAUCAAGUCUGAAAAUUACAGAACUAAACUCUCACUUGCACACUGCACAGCACUGGCCUACAUGUUUCUGAUGUCAGAGGAGGUGCUGGAUGAGUUUGACCUGAAGAAAUACAAGACAUCAGAUGAGGGUCGUAGGAGACUGCUCCCAGCUGUGAGGUGCUGCAGAAAAGCUCUACUUGCUGGUUGUAAACUCACGGAACAGUCCUGUUCAUCUAUAGCCUCAGUUCUACAGUCAGUAAACUGUCCUCUGAGAGAACUGGACCUGAGUAACAAUGACCUUCAGGAUUCAGGAGUGAAGUUUCUCUGUGUGGGACUGAAGAAUCCACACUGUAAACUGGAGAUACUGAGGGUGUCUGGUUGUUUAGUGACAGAGGAAGGUUGUUCUUCUCUGGCUUCAGCUCUGAGUUCAAACCCCUCACACCUGAGAGAACUGGAUCUGAGCUACAAUCAACCAGGAGUCUCAGGAAUAAAGCUGCUCUCUGACAUAAAAAAAGAUCCACACUGUCGACUGGACACACUGAAUGUUCAUUGGAUUAGAAAACGACGAGAGCUAAUAGAGUAUAACCAUUUAGGCCCUGUCUUCUGA